UCUAGUUGUUAAAAGUUUAGGAAUUUUUCUUGUUACUCAACCUUUCAUCUUUCUCAUUGAAUGAUUGUGCCUUUCUUCUGAAUUCUGUUGUUCUUGAAUCGGUUUUUUUCUGUUUCCUUUCCUUUCUUCCCUGGGGUGUUGAAAUUUCCAUGCUCUUUGGCUCGCUCAUGUAGAGGAAGUAAAAGUUGGACCAUGUUAUUCUGAUGACAUUUGAAUUGAAAUCAUGAUUGGUAAUAUUCCCAGUUUUCAGGCCAAUGGCGUAAAGAAUUCCCUCUAUUUGGAUGAGACAAUAAAAGGUCUCUGUUUCUCAGGAAGGGUGGCUGAAGCAGUUGGAAUAUUGUGCCGCUCUGGUGUACAGGUGGAGGCAGAAACUUAUUCCCUUGUUUUGCAAGAGUGCAUUUUCCGCCAAGCGUAUAAGAAAGGGAAAAGAGUCCAUUGGCAAAUGAUUACUGUCGGCUUUGUUCCAAAUGAAUAUCUGACUGUUAAGUUGUUAAUUUUGUAUGCAAAAGCAGGAGACUUGGAUACAUCACACAUUAUAUUUGAUAAGUUACAAUUUAAAAGCUUGGUUUCGUGGAACGCUAUGAUUGCUGGGUAUGUGCAGAAGGCCAUGGAGGAAGUAGGCCUGAGUCUGUACCAUGAUAUGAAACAGAGAGAUGUACUUCCAGAUCAGUAUACCUUUUCAUCAGUCUUUAGAGCCUGUGCCUCUUUAGCUGUCCUGGAGCAGGGCAAGCAAGCACAUGCUUUGUUGAUUAAAAGCCAAAUUAGUGGAAAUAUUGUAGUUAAUAGUGCGCUUAUGGACAUGUAUUUCAAGUGUAGUUCUCCAUCUGAUGGCUAUCUCGUGUUUAGUAAGUCCUUGGAAAGGAAUGUGAUAACAUGGACUGCUCUGAUAUCAGGGUAUGGACAAAAUGGAAGAAUAAAAGAUGUUCUGGAAUCAUUUCAUAGGAUGAUAGAUGAAGGAUAUAGGCCAAACCAUGUUACAUUUCUUGCAGUUCUUUCUGCUUGUAGCCAUGGAGGUCUGGUAGAUAGAGGUAAGGAGUAUUUUUCAUCUAUGAUGAGAGAUUAUGGGCUUCAACCGAGAGGAAAGCACUAUGCAGCUAUUGUGGAUCUUCUAGGCCGUGCUGGAAGAUUACAAGAGGCUCAUGAGUUUGUCAAAAACUCACGUUGUGAGGAGCACCCAGUACUAUGGGGCGCUUUACUUGGGGCUUGUAAGAUUCAUGGUGAUAUCGAGAUGGUAAAACUUGCUGCUAGAAAUUUCUUCGACUUGGAGCCUGAGAAUGCAGGCAAAUAUGUUGUCUUGUCUAAUGCUUAUGCUUCUUUUGGUUUGUGGAACAAUGUUGCGGAGAUAAGGAGACUGAUGAAAGACUCGGGGGUGAAAAAGGAGCCUGGUUAUAGUAUGAUUGAGGUUCAAAGACAAGCACAUUUCUUCUUUAUGGAACAUAAUGCUCAUGAACAGACUGCUGAGAUAUAUAAAUUGGUCAAAGAUAUGGCAGGUAUCUUAAAAGACGCUGGCGAUGUUCAAGAUAUACUGAGUUAAAGAGAAAGGACAAACAACAAUAUAGGAUGAACAUUUGAUUGAAUCCUCAGCCACUUAGCUGCAAAGAGUCUUAUUAAACGGGCAAUUUGCUGUAUCUCGAAAAGUGCCAUGCAUGUCACACUCCAGCUGUAUGCUCGUAUCCUUUUAAGCUAUAAAAGUGGAAACACUAACAUUCAAACAUAGAAAGAGAAACAGGCUUCAGCCUUUGUGCUACAAGUCGGGAAUGCACUUUCCAGACACAAGCCAUGCUUUCCUGGAAUUUGUGAUCCUUUGACAGAAAUCUUCUGUGGAGAUGCCAUUUGCCUUUGAAUGCAAAAAUUGGAUUGUGAUCUCCCCACAGUUUCAACUGUUAGUUUGGCAAGCAGGGGCUUGCUAUUUGCUUCUAUGAGGAACAUGUAUGUGAACAAACAGAUAAAUUGCCUUAUUACCAAGUAAUGUGAUGGCCUCGGUUUAUUGGAUGUGAUUCUUAAUAAAAUAAGUUUACCAUUGAAAACAUACUCUUAAGGUCAUCUUUUACUAUAUUGCAGUAACAGCGGAGUUGAGUAGUUUCCAAUAAAAUGCUUAAAA